AUGGCUUCCAUCACCUCCUCUGCCGUUGUUGCCCCCGUUGCCUUCAAGGCAGCUGUGCAGUCCUCCACUGCCUCCUCCAAGUCCGUGUCUUUCUCCGGUGUUGCCUCCAAUGGCUUCGCCGCUAAGACCGUGUCCAACGGCAGCCGUGUCUCUUGCAUGAAGGUGUGGAACCCCAUCGGUAACCCCAGGUUCGAGACCCUGUCCUACCUCCCCGCUCUCACCGACGACAUGAUCGUCAAGGAGAUCCGGUACAUGCUCAAGAACGGCUGGGUCCCCGCUAUUGAGUUCGACGCCAGCGGUGUCGUGUACAGGGAGAACAACAGCGGCCCCGGUUACUAUGAUGGUCGCUACUGGACGAUGUGGAAGCUGCCCCUCUUCGGCUGCACUGAUGCCUCCCAGGUGCUCAGGGAGAUCAACGAGUGCAAGUCUUCCUACCCCGGUUGCUUCAUCCGUGUUCUGGGCUUCGACAAUGGCCCUGUAGCCAUGGAUUGUAGGGACGAUGAUGACCCUGCUAUGUCGCAUCGUCCACUUACUGGUCUCGACUUUCUGAGAGGCGGUCCGCCUACCGCCACGCCUGAAAGAGAUCCGCCUGUGCAGCCCCCAGUUACCAACAACGAACCAACGGCAAGCACGGAGCCCUGGCCGGAUUUUAAUCAGCGGCAACAGCUGAGCGAUCCGCCUGUGGAAGAGUCGCCCACUAGAGCGACCGGGCGCGUCGCAACUCCCACGGUCAGUGCUGUCCGAAGCGCAGGCGUCUCCCGGUUCCCAAAGUUCGGGAAGUUCACUCAAUCGACUAUUCGGUUUGCUCGAACUCGCGUACCUCAUGUGCGCCUCACGCAAGGAAGGUCGCCCUCUCCCGCAGCUGCUGCUACUCCGCUGACUCCAGCGACUGGCACGAGCAGGGUGCCUUCGGAUCCAGGGCCGUCCAGGCCGUCUAUUUUGGUUCCGGAUCCUGAAGCGCUUCUCGAAGAACUGAAGAAGAAGUGCACCGACAUCUGGCAACGUCGUUUCCCCUGGCUGCUGAUAUCACAAAGGAAGGAUGGUCGCCCGUGCAUGAAGUGCAGUGUCUGCAUCAGAUACGGACCGCCACACUGGCAGUACGGCAAGGCGGGCGAGGGUGGCGUGGACAUCCAGAAGCAGACCAUGUGCAAGCAUGGUCUGAGUCGCAAGCAUCAGGACGCCCUCGAUCGUAAAGCCCGAGCCGAAGGAGGUAAAGUUGCUCAACGAGGGAUUGAUGAGUAUGAGGACGGGGUGGGGGAGAUUGAGCGUUUGAAACAACUUCUAUUAGUGGUGCUUUUCAUAUGCAAGUCGGAUGCACCUAUUGCGCUCUUUGUUGGCCUUGUGCACCUGCUACACGUUCUGAAGACCCCCAACAUUCCCGACAAGGCCAUCGGCACCUACCAGACAGAAGAGGCUCUCGCAGCCAGGGAUGCCGCGACGAACAUCCCCGCCUUCAACAUCGUCGACCAAGGGAUCCGCGCCAUCGCGACCCUCAUUGGCGGAAGCUGCGUCGUCCACCAGAGGUUCCACGAGCUGCAAACCGUGAUUCACGCCACGAACUUGGAGAUGCAGGGGAUUUUCAAUGUUCGCUGGCUGUCGCGGGGCGAUGCUGUUUCGAGACUUGUCGCUGUUCUGCCGGCUGCCAUAGUGCUGCUCCACGAGAAAGACAGCACGACGUAUCACCUGGUUACGAGCCUCAAGUUUCAUUUCUUUCUUUUUUUUCUCGCUGAUGUCCUGAAGGAAUUGAACGAGCUCAACAAGCGGUUUCAGCGACGAUCGGUGCAAAACACCUGCGAGAAGUUGAACGCGCGCUAUGUGGAGUACGGGGUGAACUUCGCGGAGGACAGCGAGCACCUCACUGCCUUCCUCGAAGCGCACUCCCAUCCGUCCAAGCGGGUGGUCCAGGUGGAGGGGAUGGAUGGAGACGGCAACGCCGUCAAACACACCUUCAAGCUGCACGAGCUGGAUGCGAAGAAGAAAGAGGAUCCCUCGGGUGACGUCGAGUCCUGCGUGUCCCUCGCCACCCUGUUUGCGAAGGAGGUGAUCGGCAGGCUACAGUACCGCAUGCGAAGCUUGAAGUCCCUCGUUGGGUCCAAGCUAUUUCUGCCAGACGCCUAUCCGGAUGGCGUGAACAAGCGCGACCGUCUGUGCGCGGAGUGGUUCAGCUCCCUUCGCAAGAUGUUCAACGCCGAGCAGUGCGCUCUGCCAGGUACGUGUUUUCAAAUUCCGCGUUGUCCCUAA